GUGGUAAUAAUAUUUUUCUAACCCUCAUGGCUCCUCCCCCGCCUUUCUACUUUUACCUUCGUUUCUUAUAUUUUUGUUUCUAUCAGCUAACACAUAGGUUAUAGCUUCGAUAUUGGAGGUGUCUAAACCUUGACUCUCUUUCACAUUAUUUUUGUCCUUCCCUUUUCUUUUUUUUCUAAGGAAAAGCUCCUUUUUCUGUCAUUACUGCCUCGACACGAUAAUUUUGGCCAUGGCGCGCCGAAAGAAUCCCCCACCAGAGGAUGCGAAUGACCCGAUUGUGGCCAUCGCGGGAUCUGUUGCCCACAAGGCUGAGAGCUCAAAGGAUCAUGGAAGCUCUAUUUUCCAAUUAAUUAUCUGCGUUGGUGGAAUUUAUGCUUCAUUCUUAACAUGGGCCCUCCUCCAAGAACGCAUAACCACAACCCCCUAUGGCGCCGACAAGAAGAUCUUCCGUUCCCCACUUGUUUUGAACACUGUGCAAUCUCUCUUCGCAGCUCUAACUGGUUAUGCCUACUUCUCUUACUCUUCCUCCCCCGGCCAGCCCUCCCACGUCUUCCCCAAUUUCUCUAUCUCCCUCCGUCUCUUGCUCGUAGCACUCACCCAAUCCCUCGCUUCCCCCUUCGGCUACGCCUCUCUCCAACACAUUGACUACAUAACCUACAUCUUGGCAAAAUCAUGCAAACUCCUCCCGGUGAUGUUCUUACACAUAACUAUCUUCAGACGCCGAUACCCGCUAUAUAAAUACGCCGUGGUCUUCCUCGUCACGGCGGGUGUGGCAGUAUUUACAUUGUACCCGGCGCACCCGAAAAAGAUCAAGAAGAGCGCUUCUUCGAACGGAGAGAAGAAAUUCUACGGGAUGUUGUUGCUAGGCGUGAAUCUUUUGUUCGACGGCUUGACGAACACUAUCCAGGACGACAUCUUCUCCAGGACGCCAAAGGGGGCUGUCUCGGGACCGCAGAUGAUGACGGCGUUGAACACGAUUUCAUCGGUGUUGACGAUUGGUUUUUUGUUGCUUAAUCCCUGGAGCACCGAGCUGAAUGAUGCGCUGGCGUUCGUGAAGGAGCAUCCGAAGGUUGGAAUGGAUAUCAUGGGUUUUGCGGUCUGUGGUGGGUUGGGACAGGUCUUUAUCUUCCACACUCUCUCCAGCUUCGGCUCAUUGGUCCUUGUCACUGUGACUGUGACUAGAAAGAUGCUUUCUAUGAUCUUUUCGGUUGUUGCCUUUGGUCAUAGUCUCUCCAGCAUGCAAUGGUUGGGAGUUGGGCUCGUGUUUGGUGGAAUCGGCGCGGAAGCAGAGAUGAAGAGGCAGAGCGAGGCGACUAAGAAGAUGACUAAGCAAAAUGGUCAUACCAAAAAAGAAUGAGAGGGAUUUCAUCUAUCUACUCGAGUAAAUUACCGGUAUUACUGGUAACCCGCCUAUCAUAUAUCAUAUGAUACCACAAUGUUAAGACCUGUUUCUCUGCGCUCCUCAAUGAAUUCUACAACAUUACAACGCCGAUUUCGGUCGCGGUUGUAUUUAGAUCUUGCGUUUUUCUGUGUUGGGUAGAUGAAUGUAGAUAGAAGCAUUUUCAUGGGCAUGGUGAGAAUUUAGUUCAACUACCAUAGG